ACUCUGCAGCUGCUGCCGAUAGCGCGCCAAAAGUGACAAGUAUCGCUGAAUUUAUAGCGAUGGGAGCCAGCAACCGAUAGAUAGCUAGCCAAACAGGGUCGUCCACACUAAAACGGAUGUAGAUGCGGAUGUGAAGACAUCCGCAAAACCUAGUUGAUAUACAAAUUAUGAGCAAGAAAAGCAAUGUCUGGCAGUUUUUUCGCAAGGCCAACGUUGAUGCGGUGGCCACAUGCUGCCUGUGCAAAAGAGAUUACUCCAGGAAAGGUCGAGGCACCACCUGCCUGAGGAAUCAUCUGAAGAGCAAACAUCCUGCGGAAUUCCGCAAACUGUCCGAAGACAUCCGCUAUUUGGUCAAGGAGGAAGUCACGGAUACAUUGACGCAGCAGCCAAUUUCUCCGGAUCCCUUGGAAAUGGGCAAUGCAGAUGAGCUGUUUGCGCGCUGUGACGAACAGUUGGCCCAAGUGUUUCUCUCUCCAAGGAUCUCCUUCGACUUGAUAGAAAGCCCCAGAUUCAUUAGCUUUGUGAAAGCUUUGAAUUCUGACUAUUUAAUUAGGGCGAGGGGAUAUUAUGAGAAUAUAUUGUGCCACGGAAUCCACAAAAGAGUCCAAACUCGGGUGGAGCAGAAGGUGGAUCUGCUGGAUGCCAUCUCCCUGAGCAGCAGUCUGUGCUGGGCCAAUAACGAUGGCCUGCUUAGCCUGUCGUGUUUUGGUAUCUCAAAUGAUUUCCAGGCUCAGCGAUGCACGCUCAAAUGCAAGGCCCUCAACUAUGAGGACACCGACAGGGUGGCCUACUGCAUUCAGAAUUUGAUCUUUGGUUUGGAAAUGGAGCUGCCCCAGGAGAAGGUUCAUUGCAUUAUCAGAGAUGAGGCAACUGCUCUGGCCGGUGCACUUCCCGACUGCUGUGUCUCCCGCCUGCAAAUGUGCGUGAGAUUCGCCCUGCAAGAGAGCCAACUGCUUCAGAAUCUCUCAUCGAAGUGCAAGCAAAUCGUUGAUCACUUUGCGUCCUCCACGAUGGCCCAUGAGCAUCUGAAAUUCAUUCAAGAGAUACGCCUUAACCAAGAGCCCUGCUCAAUGCUAGACAAAAGUCCCAUAAAAUGGAACUCCACCUUCGAGAUGAUGGGCCGUGUGCUCAAGAUGAAGGAAGCGCUCUCGCUGUACGCCGAGGAGUAUAGCCUGGUCGAAAUCUAUCCGGAUGAAUGGCUGGACAUUGACUUGUGCAAGAAGGUAAUGCAGCCUUGCGAGGAGAUCAUCAAAAUGUGGAGCGAUCCUUCGACAACAGCCUCUUCGGUGAUUCCGCUUGUGGCUGCCCUGAGGGAUUCCCUUCAAACUGAUGUCCACAAUUUUGGGUCCUCCGUGACCAUUUGCAGCUUUGCCCGUAAACUGCUAGAAGAACUGGAAAUGAAGUUCGCUGAUAUCAGCACAGAUAUCAAAUAUCUGGUGGCCACCUAUUUGGAUCCACGCUAUAAGCAAGCCUUCUUCAACGAACGGGAAGAGCUGCUGGUGACCAACAAAGUGCUGCAGCAGCUAGCCAGCAUCCGAGGAACUGACGAGGUUCAGCCUUCGUUGAAAAAAGUAAAAUUAUCCUCAGCGCAUAUUAAAAAUGAAUCAAAGAUUGACACCAUUUUGGAUAGUAUACUGGCCUCUGGCUCUGGCCAUAAUCAGACAGCCGCCACAUGCCAUGGAACUCAGUCGCAGCUGAAGAACCUCCUUUAUCUAUACAACUCCGAGCCGAGAAUUGAGAGGAGCAUGGAUCCGUUGCUGUGGUGGAAAACAAACAUCAAAUACAGUCCCAUGUACAGUAUUGUCCGGCAGUUUCUUUCAGCUCCGGCAGCCAGUGCGUCCAACGUGGAAUUGUUUGCCGAAUCUACACAUUUGUAUAGAGAUAUGCAGGCGGGUCUGAGUACCGAUAGUGUAUCCAAAAUAUUGUUCAUCAAGUCCAACUCUAAGGGCUCCUUCGACCACAGAGAUUGAUGAAGUUGUGAAGUUUUUUGUACUUUAAUCUUAAAACUAAAUGAAUUCUUAGGUUGUAUAUUAUUAGCCCCUGUAGUCGGGAUCAUUAUGCUCCUCGUCAUCUUCUUCCUCUUCGUCGUCUUCAUCUGAAUAAAAAUGGAAUUGUUUUAUUUGU